AUGGCUUCAGCACAACAACAGCAAGAUCUAAAGCUCUUCUUCGAAUAUCAAGGAGUUAGGGAAAACGACGUAAAUCGACUACAUUACGUUCAAAAGUUCACAGAUUUUCAGUUUUUCAGACUAGCUAACCCUGUAUACUCAUCGUUCGACAGAGCCUACAUUAAAUGGUUACAACAACCCACUUAUCAAGCAAUGGAAAAUAACAUGAUUAUUCAACCGAUGCAAUUUGAAAAACCGAGCCUAACCUUUAUGGACGUACAACAACCACCACCGUACACGUCACCACCUGUCCUGAACAAUGUGAAUAACUAUAAUACCGAUCUGUUAAGUAUUAUGAAUCCAAUAAAUCCAAAUACUCUAUACCCAAACAACGACGAAGCAGAAUAUCUACUAAAUGAAACGACAACUGAGAUACUCGAAUCAAGUAGUGAUGAUCAGGCAACGUCUCCCGCAACCGCACCACCCCCACCUUCAACCCCCGUGAAAAAAACCCUAACCCCGAUGGGUAAAAACAUAAACAAUCUAAAAAGAAGUCUAAAACGAAAAGCGUCCUCCACGACAUCUAAAAGUGGACGGCCAAACAAACAUGUGCAUCUCACACGAAUUGCCAACAACCAAGCAGACCAAGAAAAAUUCAGCUCACAAGACGUAAUUCUCUACGCGUUGGAUGGGACGGAGAAAAAACGAAAAACAAUUCUAACUACUAGCAACGAAACUCUUGAAACCUAUAACAUAAAACAUUAUCAAUGCUAUGUAUAUCUAGGUGAUAAACGUGUACAAGCGCUAGAGAAAAUCAAAAUACAAAAAGAAAAACUAGAAAAACUUUGUUAUCUUGAAAAAUUCACAAUAGAAUCGUUAAAAAAUCGUCAAAAUAGAAAACUCGAAAAAAAUGUUUUGUAA